AUGCACACACCACCCGCACUCCCUCGCCGUCUCCAAGGCGGCGGCCGCGUUCGCACCCCAGGGUCUCACCGGCAAGGGAAGGAUAAUCUGGAGAGGGAUCCCUCAGGAGGGUGUGUUCCGGAUUUCUUGCCUCAGGCCCAAGACUCCAACCAUUUUAUAAUGGAAUCUUUAUUUUGUGAAAGUAGCGGGGACUCAUCUCUGGAGAAGGAGUUCCUUGGGGCCCCAGUGGGCCCCUCAGUGAGCACCCCCAACAGCCAGCACUCUUCUCCCAGCCGCUCACUCAGUGCCAACUCCAUCAAGGUGGAGAUGUACAGCGAUGAGGAGUCAAGCAGAUUGCUGGGACCAGACGAACGGCUCCUGGAAAAGGAUGACAGCGUGAUUGUGGAAGACUCACUGUCUGAGCCCCUGGGCUACUGUGAUGGGAGUGGGCCGGAGCCUCACUCCCCGGGUGGCAUCCGGCUGCCCAACGGCAAGCUCAAGUGUGACGUGUGCGGCAUGGUCUGUAUCGGACCUAAUGUGCUCAUGGUGCACAAGCGCAGUCACACUGCCCACCAAUUUCCCCCAAAUCAAAGCAGAGAGCUCCACUUCCAGCCUUUUGUCUCCUCCCCCACCGUGGGCAAACCCUACAAGUGCAACUACUGUGGCCGGAGCUACAAACAGCAGAGUACCCUCGAGGAGCACAAGGAGCGGUGCCACAACUACCUACAGAGUCUCAGCACUGAAGCCCAAGCUUUGGCUGGCCAGCAAGGUGAUGAAAUAAGGGACCUGGAGAUGGUGCCAGACUCCAUGCUGCACUCAUCAUCUGAGCGGCCAACUUUCAUUGAUCGCCUGGCCAACAGCCUCACCAAACGAAAGCGUUCAACCCCGCAGAAGUUUGUAGGUGAGAAGCAGAUGCGCUUCAGCCUCUCGGACCUCCCCUAUGAUGUGAACUCGGGUGGCUAUGAAAAGGAUGUGGAAUUGGUGGCACACCAUGGCCUGGAGCCUGGCUUUGGUGGUUCUCUGGCCUUUGUGGGUACGGAGCAUCUGCGUCCCCUCCGCCUUCCACCCACCAACUGCAUCUCAGAACUCACGCCUGUCAUCAGUUCUGUCUACACUCAGAUGCAGCCCCUCCCCGGUCGGCUGGAGCUUCCAGGGUCUCGAGAAGCAGGAGAAGGACCAGAUGACCUGGGUGAUGGAGGUCCCCUCCUCUACCGGGCCCGAGGCCCGCUGAAUGACCCUGGGGCAUCCCCCAGCAAUGGCUGCCAGGACUCCACAGACACAGAGAGCAACCAUGAAGAUCGGGUUGGGGGGGUGGUGACCCUGCCUCAGGGUCCUCCACCCCAGCCACCUCCCACUAUAGUGGUGGGCCGGCACAGUCCUGCCUAUGCCAAAGAGGACCCCAAGCCACAAGAGGGGUUAUUACGGGGCACUCCAGGCCCCUCCAAGGAAGUGCUUCGGGUGGUGGGUGAGAGCGGUGAGCCCGUGAAAGCCUUCAAGUGUGAACACUGCCGCAUCCUCUUCCUGGACCACGUCAUGUUCACCAUCCACAUGGGCUGCCAUGGUUUCAGAGACCCUUUUGAGUGCAACAUCUGCGGUUACCACAGCCAGGAUCGGUACGAAUUCUCUUCUCACAUUGUCCGCGGGGAGCAUAAGGUGGGUUAG